UUUAUUUUUUGAUAAUCAUUAAUUUAUUACUAAAUAAAUAUUUGACUGUUAAUUAACAAUGUCUGCGCCACCACCGUCCUAUUGCUCAGAGGACCUCGAGUGCAGCUGCUCGCGAGACGCCGAAGUAGUGGUCCAUGAUGAGACCUGCAUCUUCUAUGACGGUAGCUCGGACAAGAAAGAUUCCAACGGUGCUGAUGCUUCAGUUGAGCAGUGCGAGUGUUGCGGCUGUGACGUCACCAAGUGUCCAAACCAGGCCAUCUGGAGGACUGUUGAUGAAGCGCCCAAGAAGGAAGAAGUCGAAAUGCCAACUGUGCUUGAAGCCACUCAUCCUUUAAUGAGCCGCUUCCAAGACACACUGAGAAGCUUCUUGGAGAAGGAGAAUGCUAUAGCCGAAGAAGAGAUACUUAAUUUGAAGGAAGAGCUUCGUCUUAGCAAGGAACAGUACGACAAAGACCUGGAAGCCAUCUACAAGAGUGACCAUGAUACUAAUGCGCAAAGGGUAUUAAUAGAAGAGUACGAAGAAAUGUUGACUAAGAACACUGCCGAGCGCGUCAAGGCCGAGGAGAGAGCAAAAGAGGCUAACGAGAGAUACAAGAGAGCCAAAGAGAAGUUGGAUCAGAACAUUAUAGCUGAACGCGAAGCCAACGAGGAGCUGGAGGCGCUGACGGCACUGUGCAGACAGCUGGAGGAGUGGCGCUCGGAGACAGAGUCGCAGCUCGCAGUCAGCCAGCGCGUCUCCGACAAGAUGAGGAUCGAGAAGAAGGAACUGGCUGAUGAGAAACGGCAGCUGGACAUGUUUAUAUUUGGGCUGAGCAACGAAGUUUGGAAGCUGGAGUCGAAGCUCGAACUAUUCAAGAAGCAAUUAGAAAUCAAGAACGUAGAGAUGGAGAAGGUCAAUGACAAGGUGACAGCAUACGCCGCAGAACUGGAAGACUUGGAACUGGAUAAGCGUCGUCUGAUGAGCUUGUGGAACUCCGUUCUAGUGAACAUCAAGCAGAGGGAUAAAGUCUACGAUUCCGUUAGAGAUGACUAUAAAACGCUGCAAGAAAACUACCGUACACUUUUGAAUAACUUCGAAAUAACAAAGAAGUUGGUAAUGGAAGAAAUGCAGAAAGGGAAAGAGAUAGCAAUGAAGAAUGAGAAGACUAUGUACGACAUCGGCCAUGUGGAGAAAACGCUCAAAGUUGAAGACACGAAGAGAAUUGCUUUGGAAACUCAAAUACAAGAAUUGCAAGAAGCCAUCCGAAUGACAGAAAGGGAUGAACAACUUAUUAAAACAGAGAAUCAAACUAUGGCGAACAUAUUGAAAAGUACAGAAAAAGAAAUAGAUCGGAAGAACGACAUCAAGCUUCAGUUGGAGAACGAGAUAUUGACGAAUCUACAGGAAUGCCUUCUCAAUGAUAAAGCAGUCGAGGCGAUGGCAAAUGGUAUCAAGAAAAUGAGAGAAAUGUCAAGAAAACAGGAAAUAGUUUUAAUGACAAUGGAAAAUAAUCAUGCUAAGUUGAUGCUAGAAAUCGAAGUGUAUAGGAAUAGACAGACUAGAAAUAAAGAGGCUCUUGAAGUAAGUCUAGCACAAGUGAAGGAAAGAGAGAAAGAAGUCGAUCAGCUGGAGGAAAAAUAUAAGCAGAAGAUGAUAGACUUCGCAAAGAAACAGAGAGAGCUCGAUAUAAUAACUAAAAAAUACAAUGCCCUGAAAGAGAUAUUUGAUCUAAAGACUCCCCAAGAGCGUCGCAUAUCAGAGCUGGAGCAACAGAUCCGAGGGUUGCGCGAGCGCGCGGAGACCCUGCAGCACGAGUGGCUGCGGCUGCAGGGCCACGUGGUGCGCCUGGCGCAGCAGCACCACGAGGUCGUCACCAACCUCAACAUCAUCAACAAGCAGAUAUCAAUCUGCGAGCAGAAGUUGAUGAGGACCCAAGCGGAAAAAGAGCACAUAAUCGAGGAGAAGCAGCGCGUGGAUCGGACGUUGCGCUCACUCCGCGGCAGACUUGAGGUGUUAGAGCGGGAGAGAAAGAGCGCGGCCGAGUCGCACCAGAGCGCGCAGUUGGACCAGCAGGCCGUGGCGUACAACUACAGCGCCAACCUUAAGGAGGCGGAAUCGGAAAUAAUCAAAUUGGAAGAAGAGAUAGAAGAGUUUGAGAAGGAAAAAAUGAAUCUCACCCAGGAGCUCGAUCGAGUCCAACGGGAGGCUCUCAUCUGGCAAAGGAAGAGUGUAAUGGCAGUGGAUUUGAAGAAGAGUCUCACCGACGCCAAGUCAUCAGCUGGUGAAAUAGGACAGAUGAAAUCGGAGAUACACAGAAUGGAAGUUCGCCGCGACCAGCUCCGUAAAACCAGCGAGAAGUUGGCGGAAGACUUGUCUCUGUACGUGACGCGACGAGAGACGGCCAUAGAGAAAAGCAGAGCGGCAGCUGCGGUGGAGAAGGUGUAUGGGAGCUCCGCGCAGACGCCGCAAGCUGCCUACAAGCACAAGCUGAGACUGGCUAAGGCAGAUGUGGCGAGAGUUACUAAAGAUCUGGCUGAAGCGAAGGCGCGGAUGGAGCAUUUGGAGCGCGAGCAGGAGCGGCUGGAGCGGGAGAUAGCGGACACCGGUGCGCUCAACGCGCAGCUGGAGGAGCACGUCGCGUCGCUCAUGAAGGAGACCAGAGAGACGGACAAGCAGAAACAAUGGCUGCUUGAACGCGUUGUUCGCAGCCAACGUCUCGGUAACGAACUGUCAACGGCCGUCAGGCGGCAGGUGAUUCGCGUCAAGAAACCCAAAGCAGCAGUGCUGUCGGAGUACGAACAUGCUACGGCGUUCAAUGACCAGUUCAGAGAAAUUGUACAGACUCUUGCGUCGGAAUAUCCGUAUUUAAAUGACGAAAUGGAGGCAAUUUCUAAUACUCUGAACAUUCACGGCCCAGACGAUUUGCCGAAACUCGUGGAAGAUUGCAGCUGUUCCUGGACGAGUUCCGAGGCCGUCAACGAGAAUAUUCCAGAAAAACUUGAAUAAUUUAUAUUAUUGCGUUUGUUAACUUUAAAA